AUGGUUCGUGGUAAAGAAGAAGACGAAUCGCUCCUGUUCGUGGUUGGUGCUAGUGGCUCGGUGGUGAAGGUUGAAAUGGCGUCGUCCUCGUCCCACGCUUGUGAGGAAGGAAGACGCUCGAAGCCCAGCCUUUUGUGCGCUGGGCGCUCUCUGCUUAGUUCCGACGUGGAAAUGGAGUGCGUUGCUGUUCGCGUCCGUAAUCGCUUUGUCGUGAAGAUCUCCAAUCGAAUUCGUGGUGGGAUUGGAAUGAUGAAUGCGGUCGACGUCGCGGCGUUACAGGAUCAGUCCACCUUGCUGUUGCGGCGUGAAGGCGUUCGUGGACGUGGAGCAGAGCGCGAGGACAAGUCGUCCCUGCUGCAGCCGCAAGCGACUACAAUAGCGAAGUGCGCGCUUUGACACUCGGUGAGCUCCUGAAGUGACAAACCGUACGCACAUUAGUCGCAGCUCUGCAUAUGGAAUCAUGCGUACAACAGGCUUGGCUUAGUUCCGAAACAUCUUGAUGAAGAGCAUAAGUGCGUUCGGGUGGGAAUCUGCCAGCCUCUGUUGGAUUGUCAGGCUAACGAAGGUGAAACGCAUCUGGGGAUGAAACGGGAGUUCACCACUUCGAACCACAGAGUAAACGUUGGAACGAGCAUGGAAUGGAAGCGUCCGGAAUCUCCAGAGUCAAGAAACUCAAGAGUCAACCUUCUGCGGGGAAAGUGAUUUUUUGGCCUCGCGGGGUCCGGUCCUCUAAGAUUAGCGAGAAAAGCUGUCACCAGUGAACGUAACAGCGCUACGCUGUGAAGCAAGUUGAAGAGUGCAAUGGGCAACAGCCGCGGGGGCCGAGUGCCGAAGGGAGUUCGUUCGUGGCGAGCCAAUGUGGCGUCGGAGCGUCGUGUGCCUGCUUCACGUGGUGUCAAGUGAUCUGAGCCGCCGUCGGUUCAGCUCCGAAGCGCAGCUGGAGGAAGCUGUGCAUUCAAAAACGGGUGGAUGUGUGUGGAUGUGGAAAUUGGAAAGCUUGUUCACACCCAUAUACCGAGUACAUUGAAAAGCAGGACUAUGUUGAAACGGGUACUUUUGUGAUCAACUAUAAAUUCCAUUGCAGCAGAUACUUAUUGACUUACCUACAUUUGUGCUGUGGGAGUUCUGAUGUGGCACUUUCUUCCGACUUUUGCCACAACCGCGGACUGAUGACUAAUGUUUUUUACUACUUUAGACGUUUUUGUCUACGUAUUUGUGAUGUUACGUCAGAAAAAUGUAUUACUUAAAUUAUCGUUAUUAUUUCUGCUUUAUUUGUAGCCCGAAUUCUUUGAUGCUUCCUGAAUUUUCUAUGUAAUGCAUAACAGUGAAAUAUAUUUUGUUAUAAUAAAAUGUGAGAAAUAAA